AUGCUUUCCAUCACGCAGACCGGCAAUGAGAAUCAGGACUUCACCAUGUGCGUCCUAGGAUGCGGUACCAUGGGCAUCGCAAUCCUCAACGGUAUCCUCACCUCGCUCCACGAGAUCAACGGACCCAAGCCCCUCCAAACGCCCAACGAAGCACCAGCUGACGAGGUCCCUCCUCGUCUGCCCUCUCGAUUCAUCGCUUGCGUCCGCAGCCCCGAGGGCGCUAAGCGCGUCAAGUCGGCUCUCUGGGAGCACUCGUCAAACCUCAAGGUCGUCCAGAACGAGAACGUCAGCGCCGUCCAGCAAUCCGAGGUUGUGCUACUGGGAUGCAAGCCGUACAUGGUCAAGGGUCUCCUUGCCGAGCCAGGAAUGGCCAAGGCUCUGCACGGCAAGCUCUUGAUCAGUGUCUGUGCCGGUGUGACCGUGGAAGACAUGGAGGUUGCUCUGCACGGAGCAGUCCCCUCCAAGGAUCCUUCCGAGGACGGCCGUUGCCGCAUCGUCCGCGCCAUGUGCAACACCGCCGCCCUGAUCCGCGAGUCCAUGACGGUCAUUGCGUCCACAACGCCUCCUCUGCCUUCGGAUGUCCAGGCUCUUGUCACCUGGAUCUUCAAGCGUAUCGGCGAUGUCGUCUACCUGCCCCCUGGCAACAUGGACGCUUCGACAGCCCUUUGCGGAUCCGGCCCUGCGUUCUUCCUGCUCAUGCUCGAGGCUGCGAUUGAUGGCGCCGUGGCGAUGGGCUUGCCGCGCGCCGAGGCCAGGCGCAUGGCCACACAGACGAUGAGAGGCGCUACCGGUCUUGUGCAGAGCGGCGAGCACCCCGCCGUCCUGCGAGAGAAGGUCUGCACGCCCGGCGGGUGCACGAUUGGUGGAUUGAUGGUUCUUGAGGAGGGCCGCGCCAGGGGCACCAUCUCGAGAGCUGUGCGCGAGGCGACGGUUGUUGCCAGCCAAUUGGGGCAAGGAGUCCAAAACGUCAAUGGCACAAGAUUUGCUUCCAACCAGCCGCCGCAGUGA